AAAUUAUAUUUCGGCUUAGGGUUUCUCUUUUAAAUUUAAGGGUUUUAUCGGCUCGCCUCUUUCUUCCUCACGGAUAGCUCGUUUCCUCUGGUGCGGUUUUCUAAUUCUAAAGAAGUAGUUGAUACACAUAUCAAGAUGCAGAACGAAGAGGGAAAAAUCACAGAGCUUUAUAUUCCCAGAAAAUGCUCUGCGACGAAUCGGCUUAUUACUUCAAAGGACCAUGCUUCUGUUCAGAUCAACAUUGGGCAUGUGGAUGAGAAUGGCAUCUACACCGGCCAGUUCUCCACUUUUGCUCUUUGUGGUUUCAUUAGAGCCCAGGGAGAUGCUGACAGUGCCCUGGAUCGGCUCUGGCAGAAGAAGAAAGUCGAAGUGCGUCAACAAUAGAUGAUUUGCUGUUCUGGUUCAUCUCUAUAUCAAAGUUUUCAAAGAUGGAGAUACACUUUCAAAACUCUUCCUCUCGUGUUCUUCAAGUAUUUUCUUUUGACAAUUUAAACUCAUUUAUUUAAAUGCAAACUCAACUACCGCUGAGACAGUCCAAGCUUUGAUGGGCUAUGAGAAGGUGAAUGAAAUAUGAUGAACUCUAAUGUUCCUUGAAAAUUUUUACCA